CGUAAGCGCCUCGUCGGCGCCGGAAAUGAGCGUGCGGCGACGGAAGCAGCCGGCAGAAGUGGCCUCGUGGAGAAGACAGCGACAUGGGGCAGUCCGGGCGGUCCCGGCACCAGAAGCGCGCUCGCGCCCAGGCACAUCUCCGCAACCUCGAGGCCUAUGCCGCGCAGCCACACUCGUUCGUGUUCGCUCGGGGCCGCGCUGGUCGCAGCGUCCGGCAGCUCAGUCUGGACUUGAGACGGGUCAUGGAGCCGCUCACCGCCACCCGCCUGCAGAUAAGAAAGAAAAAUUCUCUGAAAGAUUGCAUGGCAGUGGCCGGGCCCCUUGGGGUCACACACUUCCUGAUCUUGAGCAGAACAGAGACCAAUAUCUACUUUAAGCUGAUGCGACUCCCAGGAGGCCCCACCUUAACCUUCAGGAUCAACAAGUACACAUUGGUGCGUGAUGUAGUCUCCUCGCUACGCCGGCACCGCAUGCAUGAGCAGCAGUUUGCCCAUCCACCUCUCCUGGUGCUCAACAGUUUUGGUCCCCACGGCAUGCACGUGAAGCUCAUGGCCACCAUGUUCCAGAACCUGUUCCCCUCCAUCAAUGUGCACAAGGUGAACCUGAACACCAUCAAGCGCUGCCUUCUCAUCAACUACAACCCCGACUCCCAGGAGCUGGAUUUCCGCCAUUAUAGCAUCAAAGUUGUCCCUGUGGGUGCAAGUCGUGGGAUGAAGAAGCUUCUCCAAGAGAAGUUCCCCAACAUGAGUCGCUUGCAGGACAUCAGUGAGCUGCUGGCCACGGGCGCAGGGCUGUCUGAGAGUGAGGCAGAGCCAGAUGGCGAGCACAAUAUCACAGAGCUGCCCCAGGCUGUGGCUGGGCGUGGCAACAUGCGGGCCCAGCAGAGUGCAGUGAGGCUCACAGAGAUCGGGCCUCGGAUGACGCUGCAGCUCAUCAAGAUCCAGGAGGGUGUUGGAGAGGGGAACGUGCUGUUCCACAGUUUCGUGCACAAGACGGAGGAGGAGCUGCAGGCUAUCCUGGCAGCCAAGGAGGAGAAGCUGCGGCUCAAGGCCCAGAGGCAGGACCAGCAGGCCCAGAACAUCCAGCGCAAGCGGGAGCAGCGAGAGGCCCAUAAAAAGAAGAGCCUGGCAGGCAUGAAACGGGCACGGGCAGAGGCUAACGGGGACAGCGAUGCAGAGGACCCUGGCGCCCCCCCAGAGGCAGAGGGAGCCAGCCUUCGAGAGGAAGAGGAGGAUGAGGCUGAGUAUUUCCGACAAGCUGUGGGCGAGGAGCCUGAUGAGGACAUGUUCCCGAAGGCAACCAAGUGGAGGCGGCCCACUGGGCCCCCAGGCAAGAAGCGGCGGCAACACCCUCUGCCCACAGGUGAUAAGGACUGUCCAGCCCACUUCUCAGCGGCUGCUGACCGCAUCCUCAGUGGCUUCCAGGAAGACUUUCUGUGGCCCAUGCUGGUAGCUGAGUUCCUGGUGGCCCUUGCUGGCAACAGUCUGGCCCUGUACCGCUUCUGCACACGGGAGCAGCGCCCAUGGCACCCAGCCGUGAUCUUCUCCGCCCAACUGGCCAUCAGCGACCUGCUCUAUGCCCUGACACUACCCCCACUGGCUGCCUACUUCUACCCACCCAAACACUGGCGCUAUGGGGAGGUCACCUGCCGCCUGGAGCGCUUCCUCUUCACCUGCAACCUGCUGGGUAGCGUCAUCUUCAUCACCUGCAUCAGCCUCAACCGCUAUCUGGGCAUUGUCCACCCCUUCUUCACCCACAGCCAACUGCAGCCCAAGCACGCCUGGGCCAUCAGCACUGCUGGCUGGGUGCUGGCAGCCCUGCUGGCUGCACCCACACUCAGCUUCUCCCACUUGAAGAGGCCGAAGCAGGAAGGCAGGUGCACUGUGGCCACGCCGGAGGCCUGCAUCAAGUGCCUGGGAACAGCAGAUGACAACCAGCUCGAGGCCUACAGAGUCUAUGGCCUGGUGCUGCUGGCCCUGGGCUGUGGCCUGCCGCUGCUGCUCACCCUGGCAGCCUAUGGCGCCCUGGGGCGUGCCGUGCGGCGUAGCCACGGCAUGACAGCGGCCAACAAGCUGCACGUGAUAGUGCUGGUAGCCAGUGGUGUGGCCCUCUACGCUAGUUCCUAUGUGCCCUACUAUGUCACACAGGUGCUCAACGUGUAUGCCCGGCAGCGCUGGAGGGCCCUCUGCCCAGGCUUCACAAGCACAGCCCAGGCUGAGAAGGCGCUGGACUGGAGGACAUAUGUGGCCUACCAGGUAACACGGGGCCUCAUCCCCUUGGCCAUCUGCAUCCACCCGCUGCUCUACAUGGCGGUGGUGCCCAGCCUGGGCUGUUGCCGCCAACACUGCCUUGGCUGCAGGGAGGGCCAGACCCCGGAGAAGGCCGAGUGCUCCAGCCAAUCCCUGCCACUCAAUGUCACAGCUACUCCCAAAACCUCAGGGCCCCAGUCCCCUGAGUUGAGCCCAUGACCUGGACCAUCUCCAGUCCCCUCCUCAUCACCAGAUCCUGGGACCUGGCAACAGAAUAGGGGCUGAGAGCACAGCAGGCCCCUGGCCCUGAAUCCUCAACAGGCCCUAAGUGUACUCCUCCACAGAAAGGUCUAGGGUGGGACCAGGGAGCACCCAAGCCAGAGUGGCAGGAACUUCUGCCUCAGCACCAACUCUGGACAGGGCCAGGAAAUAAACCCACAUCAGGGAGGGGGAGGGGGGAGGGCAGGAUGGCCCCACCCCUCAACAGUGCGAGCAACAUCUGUGAAUAAAUGGAACAGCACUGGG